UGGGGUCCGGUGUGCUCAUCCAGAACCUGAAUUCGUGUGCUCUGUCCAGAGCCCGAGCCCUGAUCUGUGGACAGGAUAUUAAGCUUUUUAUUAGAAUUGAUUGGAAUACUUGAACUGAGAAUUGAGGAGGAGCUCCAGAUUUAUCAUUUUUAAAGGAACACUAAAUGUGUGAGAAAUUGACAGAAUGGAGAACGAAAAGGAAAACCUCUUUUUUGAACCACAUAAAAGGGGACUGAUGAAAACCCCCCUGAAAGAGUCCACUAAGGCCAAUAUACCUCUACCUGAGAGACAGCCCGAUUUUGGCCCUUUAACCACGCCCACCAAACCCAAAGAAGCAUCCCAGGGAGAGCCAUGGACACCAACAGCCAAUCUGAAAAUGCUUAUCAGUGCUGUGAGCCCUGAGAUCCGAAGCAGAGAUCAGAAAAGGGGAUUAUUUGACAAUAGAAGUGGAUUACCUGAGGCCAAAGACUGUUUACACGACCACUUAUCUGGUGAUGAAUAUGAGAAAUCUCAACCAAGUCGAAAAGAUAAAAGUUUAGGAUUGUUGUGUCACAAGUUCUUAGCCCGGUAUCCUAAUUAUCCCAAUCCUGCUGUGAAUAAUGACAUCUGUCUUGAUGAGGUAGCUGAAGAACUUAAUGUUGAGCGUCGGCGAAUUUAUGAUAUAGUGAAUGUCUUAGAGAGCUUACACAUGGUGAGCCGCCUUGCCAAAAACAGGUACACUUGGCAUGGGCGACACAAUCUCAACAAAACCCUUGGUACUCUGAAGAGCGUUGGAGAGGAGAAUAAGUAUGCUGAACAGAUUAUGAUGAUCAAAAAGAAAGAGUAUGAACAAGAGUUUGACUUUAUUAAGAGUUACAGUAUUGAGGACCAUAUCAUCAAAUCAAACACUGGCCAAAAUGGACACCAAGACAUGUGUUUUGUUGAACUUCCUGGAGUGGAAUUUCGGGCAGCUUCUGUAAACAGCCGCAAAGAUAAGUCCUUAAGAGUGAUGAGCCAGAAAUUUGUGAUGCUGUUUUUAGUGUCAACGCCUCAGAUAGUAAGCUUAGAAAUUGCUGCCAAGAUUUUAAUUGGGGAAGACCAUGUGGAAGAUUUGGAUAAAAGCAAGUUUAAAACAAAAAUUAGGAGAUUGUAUGAUAUAGCUAAUGUUCUGAGUAGCCUGAAUCUUAUCAAGAAAGUUCAUGUUACAGAGGAAAGAGGAAGAAAACCAGCUUUUAAAUGGACAGGCCCAGAAAUCAGUCUAAAUAGCAGUGGCCCCAGCCCAGUCAUACCUGUUGCCACCUCUGAUUUGGAGGUAAGGCAGUCAACAAAAGAGAACUGUGCCAAAAACCUCUUUUCCACGCGUGGGAAACCAAACUUCACUAGACAUCCAUCUCUUAUCAAACUGGUAAAGAGUAUAGAGAGUGAUCGGAGGAAGAUAAAUUCUGCUCCCAGUAGCCCUGUCAAGAACAACAAAGCUGAGAGUUCUCAGAAUUCUCCACCCUUCCCAAGUAAAAUGGAUCAACUCGCAGCUAUUUGUAAAAUGCAGUUAGAAGAGCAAUCAAGUGAACCCAGAAAGAAAGUGAAAGUACAGCUAGCAAGAUCUGGGCACUACAAACCAGUGGCUCCUCUGGAUGCCCCAGCAAAUGCUGAACUAGAGCUGAUGGCACCAUCCCUCAUCCAGUCUCUAGGGGUGGUCCCCCUGAUCCCUAGUCCAUUGUCAUCAGCAGUGCCUGUGAUCCUACCUCAGGCCCCUUCAGGCCCAUCCUAUGCCAUCUACUUGCAACCUGCCCAAGCCCAAACCAUAACACCGCCCCAAGGCCUGAGCCCAACAGUCUGCUCCACCCAUUCCUCUAAAGCUACUGGGUCAAGCGACUCCACAGAUGCCUCCACUGAAAAGGUCACCAGUGAUGCCACAAAGACCAGUGCCUCCUCCAGACCUGGAAGCUUGCUGCCUUUAGCAGAGAAACAAGCUACAAAGAACCGAAACAGGGAGGCAGCUGGAGAAAAAGGCUCCAAGAGAGCAAGCAUACUGGAGGACAGUGGAUCCAAAAAGAAAUUUAAAGACGAUUUAAAAGGACUUGAAAAUGUCUCCACAACCUUGUUCCCAUCAGGAUACCUAAUCCCUCUCACUCAGUGCUCAUCCCUGGGGGCAGAAUCCAUUUUAUCUAGUAAAGAAAACUCAGGUACACUUUCCCCAAACCAAAGGAUCUACGGCUCACCCAUUGCAGGUGUUAUCCCAGUGACAUCAUCUGAACUCACUGCUGUUAAUUUUCCCUCUUUUCAUGUGACACCUUUGAAGCUUAUGGUUUCACCAACUCCUGUGGCAGCCGUACCUGUUGGGAACAGCCCGGCUCUCACUUCGAGCCACCCCGUUCCUGUCCAGAACCCAAGCUCAGCCAUUGUAAACUUUACCUUGCAACACUUGGGACUCAUAUCUCCCAGUGUACAGGUGUCUGCCAGCCCUGGGCCUGGUACAGGAGCUGUUCCUGUAUCCCCAAGAAUAGAAACAGUUAGUACUGUACCAGAAAAUGCAGGCUCUCAACAAGGACGAGCCACCAACCAUGACUCACCAGUCCCAGGCCAGAGCCAAGCAAAUGGACAAUCAAUUGCUGUGACGGGGCCACAACAGCCUGUUCCUGUAACACCCAAAGGGUCACAGUUAGUGGCUGAAAGUUUCUUCCGUACCCCAGGUGGACCAUCCAAGCUGCCUGGCCCAUCCUGUAUGGAUUUUGAUGGUGCUAAUAAAACCUCCUUUGGAACUCUCUUUGUCCCACAGCGGAAACUGGAAGUCUCAACAGAAGAUGUCCACUAAUUGAUUAUUUGAUUUUUCUAAAGAGCUAUUUAACAGAGAAGAUGUACACAGACUGCUUUGGAAAACACCAUCACUGAAAAUACUGUAAAUAUACAUUGGGGUUACUCAAUGUCAAAGCUGAUAUUUGUUUUCAUACAUACAUACAUACAUACAUAUAUACAUACAUACAUAAAUACGUGCACGCACACACACAUUUGUAUAAGGCUAAGUUCAGCCUUCAAGCCUACAAAAUAAAAGUAAAAUGUUGAACGAAGGUAUAUUAACUUGUGGGGGGGAAGAUUCAUUAUUUCAACUGUGCCCACAUUAUUAUGCAAAAUACCUGUAUUAAAGUUUACUUUUGUUUGAGUGAAUAUGUUUAGUAUGCCUAACACAGCACUCUCAUACUUUUUGCACAAAGAAAAUGCUGUGUGAUGUAUAAUGUAUUUUUAAUAGGAGGGCUAAAGCUAUAUUUUUUGUAAUUUCUUUAAUCUGUUGGUGUUGCAGUAUGUCUUUUUGUAGAGUUUGCAACAAUCCUCAAUCAAGUCUAUGGAAAAAUUAUUUAUAAAAUGUAUUUUUAAUCAUAAGUUGUUCAAAUUAAAACUUUUCUAAAAU